CGCCGUCUGGCGGCAAAUUUCUUAAAUAGCAUAUAAGUAAAGUGAACAGUUGAAAAUGCAGUCAACGACUCUCGGUGUCAGUUGUCAAUGGUAAAAACCCUAACUAUGGUUUUCUCUCUGCGUUUCUCGUCUCUCUCUCUUCCUCCACACAGCACCAUAACACUUUAUACAGUACCGCACGUGCCAAACCACAGAUUAAGAUCGACCUCAAACUUGUCACCUCCUUCUUCAACGCUCCUCAUUAAACACUCUCUAUGUCCCUGUGCCGCCCCCAAACAGCAACAACAUUUACUCGUCCCCGAGGAAGAAGAAGAAGAAGAAUUGAAAUGUAUUAAUGAAGCUCCAUCGUUAGAGAAUGAUUCGCUGCCUCCGGGCAUACGGAGGGAGUGUAUGCCGAGACACGUGGCGGUGAUCAUGGAUGGGAACCGACGGUGGGCCCGCUUGAGAGACCUACCUGUGGGGUCAGGUUAUGAGGCCGGUGUCAAGUCCCUUAAAACGCUUAUUGAACUCUGUUGCAAAUGGGGAAUUCGUGUUCUAACUGUUUUCGCUUUCUCUACUGAUAAUUGGUUUCGUCCUAAUGUGGAAGUUGAGUUUUUGAUGAGCUUGUUUGAAGGGGGAGUGAAGGAUGAAAUGGGGAGCUCUUUGAGGGAGAACAUCCGAAUAUCUGUAAUUGGAGAUAUCUCUAAGCUCCCAAAGUCCUUAGAAGAAUUAAUAAUCAAUGUGGAGGAGAGUACUAAGAACAAUUCCCAAUUCCAACUUAUUGUAGCAGUUAGCUAUAGUGGGCGGUAUGACCUUGUUCAAGCUUGCCAAAGGAUAGCUAUGAAGGUCAAGGAUGGUAUUAUUGAACUUAAUGAUGUCAACGAGUCUUUAAUUGAACAGGAGCUGGAAACAAACUGUACUGACUUUCCCUACCCUGAUCUACUUAUACGAACCAGUGGUGAGCUUAGAAUUAGUAACUUCAUGUUAUGGCAGUUAGCCUAUACCGAAUUAUUCUUUACACAAUCACUGUGGCCUGAUUUUGGAGAAGCUGACUUUUUAGAGGCAUUGCAAUCCUUCCAGCAAAGGUGGAGACGCUAUGGUGAAUGAAACUUUUCGGUACUUGCAUAUAUCUGUUGAGUCUUUAUCAUUUCAUUGAAAAAACGUCAAAGAACCUACCAACUCAGGAAAGCAACUUUGAAGGAAAACUUGCUAGGAGCUUAAUGUUGAAGUGAAUUUUGAUAUCUGGAAGGGUUUAAUUUAGCAUGUAGAUUUUUGUAGUUCAUUGUUUCAGUGAUCUGCCAGGAAGACACAUCUGGGUUGUGGGUAGCAGUUUAAGACACUACUUGAAGAAUUCGUCUACAAGGUUUUAACUGCUCCAAGACCGUUUACAACGCAGUUAAAAAAAUCUGGGUGAAUGCUACAAGGAAUUUCUGGGCGAGCAAGGAGUGCCCAUUGGCAUGCUUGAAUUGUGGGAAAAUCUAUUUAUGAAAAAAAAAAAAAAAGUGGUUGGACUUGGAGAUGUAACUCUAUAAUAGACUUAGGAAAACUUCUUGAUCAUGAUUUUUAAGGUCUCUUGUGGGACUUGUACAUGUAUAUUGCUGAACCAAUUCCUGAAGGCCUACCAAUCUUUUUCAGAAUGUUGGCAUCAAAUUGAAUUGUGCAAGAAAGAAGUAGAAGAAGGUUGAAUCUGUUCUGGCAAUGGCAAAUACUCCAAGCUUUUAUCUUUUAUCCUUGGCACAAUCAGGUAUUAAAUUGGUGUUUUGUUGUGUAUGUGGCUGAAAUUUUUAUUAGUAGAAAUUAAAUCCUGUAAGCAAAAGGUUGCUUCUCACACUACAAAUAUUGUGCUCGGAUAGAAUACUUCAUAUUCUGGCAUCCUUAAUUAGAGUUUAACAGGUCAUUGUCUUA